GAUGAAGGCGUUAGCCGAAACGUUGAUGAGAUAAAAAAAAACUAUACAUAAUACGUGUUGUUGUUGAAAUACCUAUCUCAAUAAUAUUGACGUCAUACGAUGAUAUCACUUGACGUUAGUUCUAUAGAAACGACGUCAGACCUUAUUUUAAAAGAUGGCUCACAUAAAUGACAUGGAUUGGACCUAAGAAUUGAAAACUUUUUCUUUCUUCCAUGGCAGGUGCUGAUAGGCGGAGGAUGAGCAAGAAAGGCGGCAGGGCAAAGGGGAAAUCAUCAAAGGAUGAUGAUGGAGAUGAUAAAGAAUCCCUGGCUUACAAGGUGCUUACACAAGAACAGACAAAUGAGCUGAUGCCCAUGAAUGUUAAUCAAAUACAGGAUAAACUGAAAGAGAUAUUUAGUUUGGAAAACAACGGAGUAGACCUCACACAAGCCUCUAUAUUAGAUUAUUACACAUCAGCUGUGUACUGGGGAAUACAACAGAAAUUCACUGCCCAACAGUUGUCUGGAUUUUUUACAGUUGUACAUACUUUACUGGAAAAUGUAAAAGAUAAACAGAUGAGUAUGAUAGAGAAUUCUAUUGAGCUCAACAAAAUGUUCGCAGGUAUUGGAUUAGAUGAUGUGAAGUCAGGAGGUCUGGACUGCUUUAAUGUACAACAAGCUAAACAGGCUACACAAUACAUAUACACUACGUUAUUUCAGCAUUACAGACUAUUCCUGUUUAUGUUCACUCACUCACAAGCUGAAGAGAUUAUUGGGACAGAUUUGGAUGUAGAGGUUUCCAAGGCAGCCGAUGUUCCGUUCCCACCCCCACUAGAUGAAGGAGUAUCAGAAGAUAUGUUUAAAGAUUAUAUUGCUACCCCUCCCCCAUCACCCUCUCCAGAGCGUAAACCGAGAGAAACAAAAUCUGCUAAAUCAAGGGAAGCAACCCUGAAUACCCCAAAAUCUCGAGGCUCAACUCCAAGAUCAAGGGGUGCAACUCCAAAAUCUAGGGGUUCAGCCUCAAAAUCUAGGGGCUCCUCAAGGGGGUCAGCUUCUAGAAAGAAAGUAGUGCCAGAGGAAGAGCAACCUGAUGCUGCAAAAGAAUUGGAGGACCAGGUUUCACAGUCAGAUCUUUUUGCCGAACUAACACCAGAGGAUAUCCGCGAAGUUGUUGAAAGUGUUACAAAGGAAAUGCUUGGUAAUUUACAGAGUGAAAUUGCAUUAAAAUUACAAGAUAAAGAGAGUCAAAUCAUUCAACGGAUAAACAAAAUACACAAAGUGGCUGAAUAAGUAAUGUCAUUUGAAGUACCCACAUGAAAAUUUGCUUAAAGAUAAUGUUUAAAUUUUAAAAAUUCACUUAGAAGAAAUAUUGCAUUUACAUUGACAGUGUUUUUUAAAAGGUUUUAGAAUGGAACGGGAAAGUUUUAAAUUAUCUUGAAACAGGAUUAGUGAUGAAAUUUGACUGUUUAUAGGUAAAGGAAAUGCUUAAAUGUUAAGUUGUAAUUGGUGUGAAUGUGAGGUACCAUAUUUUAUAAGCUCACAAAAAUUUUAUGAAAGAUCAAAAGUAGACAUUUAGUAAAAUUUUUCAGAAUGUUUUUUUUUUUUAUUUAAAGAUGAAAAAUAAAGAUAUUAUCAGAUAGUGAUAUUUAGUGAUUAUCAAUAAAAGACUCCAUAAGUUGAAAUUGCCCUAAUAUUUCUUUUGAAUGAAAGGUAAGAAAGCAAGAUGGUUACAAUAAUUUAUCAGUUGUUUUACUAUAUGUAAGAAGAUAAAUUUCGAUUUCAGUGAUCAUAUUUCACAGUUGCGUUUUGGGCAGACCCCUUGCAAACAUUUUACAUAAAUUUGCAAAUCACACGCAUUUGAAAAUCAAAAAAUUAAUCGCUUAUAUGGUAGAUGAAGAAUUGGUACCAGAAAAAAAAAAAUUAUCUUGUGGCUUUAAGAAAACUACUGUGAUAUGUGAUAUAUUUAUGUAAAUAUUUUAUAUUGUUAUACUGUCUAUUACUGAUGAAUAAAUGUGUAGAAAAUUCUAA